AUGGUGCAGAAGAACCUUGUCAAUGGACUCAAUAUCACAUCACCCAAGGACUUUGACCAUGUUUGUGAGGGUUGUGUCCUCAGCAAAUCACAUUGGCUACCAUUCCCUAAGGUCAGCAACACUGUCUACUCGAAAAUGGAACUAGUUGUCAUGGAUAUCACAGGUCCUAUGUCAGUCGAGACUUGGACACAGCGCACUUAUGCCAUGGUGAUCAUUGAAGCUAGUUGCUGA